AUGCGCGUACAAGGACAACUAAUAAAGCAAGGAGCCGAAGCUCGAGUCUUCCAUUUGCCUACGUUUCUAACGACACCACAAGGAUGCAUUGCCAAAGAACGUUUCCCAAAAACAUACCGUCACCCCGAUCUCGAUCGCCAGUUAACCGCCAGACGCGUCAUUCAAGAAGCACGAUGUCUGCAGAAAUGCAGAAAGAGCGGCAUGGACACACCAACCGUGUAUCUUGUGGAUAUACCCGCCUCGACCAUUUACAUGGAACGUAUUGUAGGCGUUACUGUUAAGCACCGGUUACUGCGUAGCCAAGCAAUCAACUAUGCAGAUAUCGACCAAGCGGCACUGGCAGAAAAAAUCGGCACAUCCUUGGCAAAAAUGCAUGCGCAAGACGUUGUGCAUGGCGAUUUGACCACAUCCAAUUUAAUGAUACGUGACGAUAAUGGAUCCUUGGUGGUCAUUGAUUUUGGAUUAAGUUAUGUCUCUGUCUUGCCAGAAGACAAGGCUGUGGAUUUGUACGUACUCGAACGCGCAUUCUCAAGCACACACCCCAACACCGAGGAUCUGUUCGCACGUAUUCUAGAACAUUAUGCCAAGGGAUACAAACAAUCCAGAGCUAUUUUGGCAAAGCUGGAUGAAGUUAGGUUACGUGGACGCAAGCGAAGCAUGGUCGGCUGA